ACUUACGUGAGCCCUAUAACUCCAGAUACUCCUCCUUCGUUCUCUUCCUGCUCUCAGUGGCUCCACCUCCCACUCCCCCACAAAUCUUGUCUUCUUCUUCCUCCUUAGCUCAUGCAUGGCUUCCUUCAGUAAAUAAAACCUUUCUUUAACUCCUAGCCACCUGCUGUGGUCUCCUGUACUGAUAUCCUUUGUCCAUGUGCACCAGCCAGGCCUGAUAGAAGUCAGCUCACUCCUAUCAUCAUCAUCGUCGUCGUCGUCGUCAUAUAUAAUGGAUAAAGAGGCGAACAAUCCAGCCGGCUUUGCGACGACCGCAGCCCCGCAGGAGAGCUCGGAGAACAGCAUCGAGAUGGUGAACUAUAUGCUGAGCAAUCCCGCUCCCCAGACUCAGAUCUCCCUCGACAAGCUCAGCUUCGCGGACGUCAUGCAGUUCGCGGAGUUGGGGCCGAAGCUCGCACUUCACCAAUCCAGAGCGUCCGAGGAGGAGAACUACUUCCUCAAGUUCCAGCUGCUGGGAGACAAGCUGCACGACGACGCUUUGAUGGCCUCCGCCUCGCCCUCGCAUCUGCCGCUUCUUCCGCCUCAGCUGGUCGUCGGCGCCGGGGAAGACAGGUUUGGCGGAACGAGCUUGGAGAACAAGGCCGGGAUGGUGGCGGAGGAGGACGGAGAAAAGAAGGCCCGGUCCUCGGAGAACGCCUCGUCGGUGCAACACCUCCACCUUGUCGGCGAAACUGAGAAGGCAGCAGCAGGUGUCGUGGAGGCCAAGAACCGGCGGAAGAGGCCGAGGGCGUUGAAGACCAGCGAGGAGGUGGAGAGCCAAAGGAUGACGCACAUCGCGGUGGAACGCAACCGGAGGAGGCAGAUGAACGAGCAUCUCCGCGUGCUCAGGUCUCUCAUGCCCGGCUCAUACGUUCAGAGGGGAGAUCAAGCAUCCAUCAUCGGAGGAGCCAUCGAGUUCGUGAGGGAGUUGGAGCAACUCCUGCAAUGUUUGGAGUCCCAGAAGAGACGAAGGCUCUUCGGCGGUGGUGAAGCUCCAAGACCAGCGAUGGACGCCCCUCCGCUGCCCAACCAGCAGCCAUUCUAUCCACCCCUCCCCUUCCCCAACGCCGACCAAGUCAAGAUCCUCGACAUCGACCCCAGCGGCGGCGGCCUCCGCGAGGAGACGGCGGAGAACAAGUCCUGCCUCGCCGACGUCGAGGUCAGGCUUCUGGGCUUCGACGCCAUGAUCAAGAUCCUCUCUCGUCGCCGGCCAGGGCAGCUCAUCAAGACCAUCGCCGCUCUCGAGGACCUACAGUUCGCCAUUCUCCACACCAAUAUCACCACCAUCGAGCAAACCGUCCUCUACUCCUUCAACGUCAAGAUUGCAAGCGAGACCAGAUGCACUGCGGAGGACAUCGCAAACUCGGUCCAACAGAUCCUAAGCUUCAUCGACGCCAACACAGUAUGAUAAAUAGAUUCAAGGCAGAAGAGCGAGAAAAGAAAUUGUAGUAAUUGUUUGUAUCGUACAGACGUUGUUGCCAUGUGUACGUAAACCAAGUUACGUUAUACAAUAAAGAAGAAUGCAUCCAUUUCUGCA